UGAAAGAAAUGGCUGAGAUUGAAGAAAGUAUUUAGUAUGAGGAAUCUUUAGCUCUAUUUUGUUCAACUUCUCCACAUACUGUCUCUUGAUAUUCUUUGUGUUCCAGCAGAGUCAAUCUAAAGCUUUGUGACCUCAUAGGUACACUGCUCCUCAUCCACGUUUGUUGCUAGAAAGAAUGUGCAUGUACUCAAGAAGUCCUACAAUGAAAUUUCCAGUUCUGAUGGUCCUGGUGACUCUUUUCAAUAUUUUCCUAUGUCAGGAUUUACCAAAUAUUGUAGAGGUUGAUCUUCUUCAGGAGUUCAGAUUGUCCAAAGCAUUGGAUCUAAACAUAGUUGAAGGAUCAAACUCAGAUUCUUUAGUUUACUGCAUAAAUCCUACCAUACAGCUCAGGAAAAACACCAGUGGUGUUCACCCUGACUGCUUGCCUUCAGAAUUUUCCAUCAUUGCUACUUUUAAGAUGCUGGAAGACACUCCACAAAAUGUGUGGAAUUUAUGGCAAGUUAGUGAUUCUGCCGGCAAAAACAGAAUUGGUAUUCGCUUCCUGCGUGACAAAAAAUCUCUGGAUUUCUUUCAUGCCACUCCAUCCAAAACACUCAUGUUCAGGACAUUCAGCAAUGUGGACAAGGCUUUUGAUGGUUCUUGGCACAAGUUUGCAUUAAGUGUGAAAGACGAUGAUGCAAAAUUAUUGAUUGAUUGUCAGGAGGUCAGUGCAGUUCCAGGAAAUGAACAGAGAGGUGUUUAUGGAAACGGAUAUACUUUGCUGGUAAAAAGAUCAGUUGAAGAGUCUCCUGUUUUGGUGGAUUUACAACAACUUGAAAUGCACUGUGAUGCAGAUAAAGCUUACCCAGAAGGCUGCUGUGAGCUGUUGGAUGUUUGUGGAGCAAGCGCUCAACAGGAUCUUACUGGAAACAGAGUAUGUAAAUGUGCCCAUGGGAGACCAGGAGAUCAAGGAACAACAGGGCCCAAGGGGCAAAAAGGAGAGAAGGGAGAGCAAGGAAAGUCUGUCAGUGUUGGAAAUCUGGGAGUCCGUGGUAACCCGGGAAAUUAUGGAAACACUGGAGAGCCCGGUCCAAAAGGUUUAGUGGGCACUAAGGGUGAAAAAGGAAUGAGAGGGUUACAUGGUGAAUGGGGUGAUCAAGGUCCUCUAGGUCUCAAAGGAUUACCAGGAGCAGAGGGCUUCAAGGGGGUAUCUGGAACACCAGGAAACAGAGGAGAGCUUGGGGCAAAAGGAGAAAAGGGAGAACUGGGGCUUGUGGAAAUCAUGGGAUUCCAAGGAGUGAAGGGUAAUGAAGGCUUCUCUGGGGCUGAUGAUUUACCAGGCCAAGAAGGACCUAGGGGUCUCGUUGGUGUUCCAGGGGAUUUUGGUCCACCCGGACCAAAAGGAGCUCCAGGUUUUACCGGCUCUCGAGGAAGGAAAGGUACACCUGGUCCAAAGGGAAUACGUGGAGAUCCUGGAUUGCCUGGGCGAGAGGGGGAUCCUGGUAUAGAGGCCUAUCAAGGAUCUCAAGGGCCAGUGGGUGGUCAAGGUACUUUGGGUUUAAAGGGAGAGAAAGGAUUUCUAGGAGAAGCAGGUCCUGAAGGCCCUUGGGGAAGAACAGGUGAUACUGGUUCAAAAGGGAUUGCAGGAAUUCCUGGUAGGCCUGGCUUCGCUGGUCCCCCUGGAACUACUGGUCAUAUUGGGCUACCAGGAACUCGUGGAUUGAAGGGAAAUGUUGGUGUUCCAGGCAUAAAGGGUCAAGAAGGUGACAAGGGAGAAAAAGGAGUUAAAGGACCAAAAGGAAAUGUUGGAGACAAAGGACCAACAGGACCAGAGGGUGUUAUUGGUAAAAGAGGUCCACCAGGAGAGACUGGAUCCCGAGGCCAACCUGGAGAACAGGGUGUUCCUGGAGAUGAGGGUCCACCAGGAAAUGUUGGAUCAGUUGGACUUCCUGGACUGGCUUUCCCAGCAGCUCAUGUAAUAGAAGUGUGCAAACGAAUUGUCUUAGAACAAAUGUCAAUGUUUGCCAAUAGUGUUGGGAGGAAAUGUGCCAGCACAUGCCCACUUUAUGGAGAUCAGCCUAUGGGGCCUCCAGGACCUGUUGGUUUGCCUGGACCCCCUGGAGAAGAGGGCAAACCUGGGUUAAAUGGAGCAGAUGGAGAACGUGGAUCUAAAGGCUUUUAUGGCGAUGUUGGUGACCCAGGAAAACAAGGACCAAAAGGUGAACAUGGAGACAAAGGAGAUAGAGGUGCCAAAGGUUUUGUAUUUGCUGGCUUUGAAGGCAAUCAAGGCCCAAGAGGUGAAAGUGGAAGAAGUGGACUAGCAUUCAAUGGACUUCCAGGUCAGCCUGGCCCACGUGGACAUAUGGGACGGUCUGGUUUGAGAGGAUACCCAGGACUUAGAGGGCCUCCAGGUAUAUGUAAAACAGGGUGUGAUCCUUAUCUUUCAAAUGAUGUAGAUCAGCAAAGUGAGUCAUCGUCUUCUUUUAUAUGGCAAGCAAAGUGAGCGAAGACUUCAGAGAGAAACAUCAUGAAAUCCUUUGAUGUGGAAGAAAACAAGUGUAAUUGAACAAAGUACGUGUUUGCUCCCUUUUCAAAAUUGAAACCUUUUGAAAAAUACAUAUGAAUUACUGUUUCAUUUAGAAGCCAGUUCACUUUGUGAAUUUUUAAUGUAAAAUAAUAACAUGAUAAUCCUAUCUAAGAAGUGGUAAACCAUUUCAUUUAAAUGGCACCUGUUCAGAUAGAGGCUAUUUGUUUUUAAAAUACUGCAUUUGCUUUUUAAAUGUGAGUACAUUGUACAACUUAUAUUAAUAUAAAGCAAUGCCAUGUUUUAUGUUUGACAUCCAAACAGCUAUUUCUUUUCUGAA